AGCCAGUUUGCUACCCGCUGAGCCCUGGCUGGGGAAACAGCUCACGGAAACGAUUGAUCCCGAUCGAAUAACGUUAAAGCUGGCCGAGUAAAUGGCGGAUUAACACUGAUAUCGGAAAGGACUGGCUAAAUCAAUGUUCGACUCUCGGGUGCUUUUGGAGAGUGCGCUGGCAACACCCUCCGUAACAUGUGAGAUGUAUACAGAAAGAUAUUAACUGUGCGUUAUUACGGCUAACUAGCUAGCAGCUACCCCCCUCUAUCCAAUUUAUGGUAGCUCGCUUGAUCUGUUUUUUCAACCGUCGCGUCAGUACCGGAGGAAAAUGAAGAAGUUUAACAUUAGGAAGGUGCUGGACGGUUUGACAGCGGCUUCCUCCUCCUCCUCCUCCGCAAGUGCCCAACCGGGUACUCCCAGGGAAAACGAUGUCGUCCAGGAGACCCUCCAGUCGGAGCAUUUCCAGCUCUGUAAGGUGGGUAUCCGUCAGUAGCAGCUCAUGUUAACGGACUGUUUCUGCACACUGACAGUCAGAUGACAGCGGCGUGACCACACACUGGCGUUGUUUUCAUCCAUUUCUGCUCACUGGCGUGGAAACUAAAGGGAUAAAUCUCUUUGCACGCAGCAGAAUAAGAAAAUAAAGGCAUUAGGAGUACAAGUUUUAUCUGUGGGGAAAUCAGCAGGGAAUGAUUUUUAAUUACUGGCUGCUGAGCUUGGCUCUGUCCCAUGGUUGUAUCUGGGCUGUCAGAGCACCACGGCUGUUUGCAUUGCAUUGAAUCGUCGCCUCCAGUCAGUUUAUGUUCACCUUACUGUAAGUUAGCCAUCUGAAUUCAUCUUCAUGCAGUUUGAGUAAAAGUAUCGAUUCAAAAUGUUCCAGUGCGUCUUAAUAAAACAUAAAAAUCUUGUCAAAUAGGAUGUUAAAAACGCCCCCCUGUUCUUCCUGGUCAAGAAGAGGUCCCUUCCUGAGAUGAUUCAGCCAUGGAGGACUAAAUCUACAGUACUUGCUCUGUUUAAAAAUGCAUUCACUUCAGCUCAUGCUAGUAUGAGCUCAGACUUGGAAUAACAAAUCAAGUGGAUAUUAUUCAAUAGAGACCCUGGCCAGUUUUCAGGGGACAGAAACACAAAUUAAAAAUACCAUGGCUGAUGCAGACCUUUUCUCUGUGCAGUGUGGGAUAAUUUUGUGUGGUUUGAUACUGGUUACUGUUGUCCAAAACCAAUACCUGCCAAUGCUGCAUCCUUGCUCUGUUUCUCCAUCUGCUUUACUUACACACAUCUGACUCUGUUGCUCUCUCUGGCUGUGUCCAAAAUAAAUCACUCAAUCCCUAACCCCUAACCCCCAUAUGGGGUUUCACAAUAUAGUUGACUAUGUAGCUAACUAAAUCACCAGAGGUUUCGGACACUACAUGGCAAGACGCAAUGUAUGAUGGGAUGCCCACCAUUGGUGAGUGACCAUCGGAUGGUCACUACAUUUUGUUAUUUUUUAUGGGAAAUUUUGAGUCACCUAUAUGGAGCACUGGAAAUGAUCACUCAGGUUUUGGACACCCUUCAAAAUGACGCUAACCCCCAUGUGGUCACCUACAUAGGGGUUAGGGAUCCAUUUCGGACACAGCCUCUGUCAAUAAUCAUAGUCGCAUAUCAUCGCAAUACAGGAUCUUGUCCUCUAAGGUCAAGUGAGGAAGGGAGCAUUUCUAACUGGCACCCGACUGCUAGAUAUCACUAAAUAUUCUCAUUUCUACACACUGUAUCUUAUACUUAUAUUAAUCUUAACAUAUGUGUGAAUGUCAUGUUCUGUUUCUACCACGUCUGCUCUGUAAAAUGCCACUAAAUAUUACACAUUGCAUCUUUAAAUGCAUUCACUUCAGCUCAUGCUAGUUUAACCUUAGACUAGGAGUAACAAAUCAAGUGGAUAUUAUUCAAUAGAGACCCUGGCCAGUUUUCAGGUGACAGAAACACAAAUUAAAGAUACUGUAGCUGAUGCAGCUCACUGCGAUUUUUGUUAGUUGGGACCCUUUCUCUGUGCAUUGUGGGAUAAUUUUGUGUGGUUUGAUGCUGGUUACUGUUGUCUGAAACCAAUACCUGCCAAUGUUGCAUCCUUGCUCUGUUUCUCCAUCUGCUUUACUUACACACAUCUGACUCUGUUGCUCUCUAUCUGCUUUGUUAUUGUUCUUACCUCUCUGUCAAUAAUCAUAGUCACAUAUGAUCGCAUUCAUGUGAUCUAAACAUAUGUGUAAAUGUCAUGCUCUGUUUCUACCACUGCUCUGCAAAAUGCCACAAAAUUUUACACACUGCACCUUUAAAGUGGCCUUAUUGUUUGGCACACAUGAUCCCCCCCAGUGUAGUUUUUAAGUCAUGCAUAUUAGAUUAAUAAUCCAGCCCGUAAGGUCUGCCUGCCUGCCUGCCUGGAGAGGUUUCCGCCUGUGUGAAAUAUUUGAACAUCAUGGAGAGCCAGCCCACCAGCUCCCUGCUGCCCCAGCAGGGGGGAGAGCGGGUCAGGUCCCCAGGUUACAGGGGCCGUGGCAUUACCUGUUACAUAAUGCUGCUGUGAGCUUCAAACAGCUCAUGCAUGGCUGGGUAAGGUUUCCAACCUGAAACAAUUGAGAUGGAUGAUGAUAACAUUUUGGUGGCAGUGAUUGGAGGGUGGAGCAGGAGGGGCUGCAGGAUCCUGGCUAUGGAGAGCACUCCAUGCCUGCAAAUGUUGGCUUAAGGAGGGAUAAGAUGCAUUUACCGCAGAUGUUUUAAAGGACACAGCCUCCCCACAUGUAAGAUGGAUCUCAUUCAAGUCCUUGUGUGCUCUCAUGUUUAUGCUUCAUCUCAUUAUUCUUGAUAAUAAGGCAGAUUUUCCACAUUAAUGGAUUACAUUUCUGGGAGCUUAUGAGAAUGUUUUUUUUUUCUUCUCCAGUAAUGCCAGCGUGACUGUGUAGCAGAUGAUUGAUUAUCUGACUGGAGCUCUAAUAUAAAUUCUGCUCUUUCCUGCAGACUGUGCGUCAUGGCUUCCCAUAUCAACCAUCCUCGAUGGCUUUUGACCCCGUGCAGAAAAUCUUGGCCAUUGGGACUCAGACUGGAGCUUUGAGGCUGUAUCCUUUUUACUCUUAGCAUGGCUGAAGGAGAAGCGCUACACAAGUUAAGUAAAGCUUGGAUCAUUCCAGUGAUUUUACAACAUCCUGCAUUCCCUCGUGCGCACACAAAAAUACACAAACAACACACUUCCUUGCGUCCGUUUUGAAAAAGUGAUAUCCCCCGAGCUGUCCUUCCACAUCCUACUAAGUCUGUGGCAGAGAGUGACCUGCCUUUUCCUCUUGUCAUUCAACACGGCACAUACGAAAAUCCCAACCUCACAGCGGGGGGAAGUACAGCACUCAGAGGUAGACAGUAGCUGGGGUGUGUGUCUGUGCAGCCAGCAGCCGCCUCCUCCUCGAGCACCGGGCUCAUUAGCGCUAUCUCUGCAGUAGCAUGAACAGCUCCUCCGCCAUAUGCCGAGGAGCCAACCUCAUCAACUGUGCUGCCCAGUCCGUGCCAGGAUGCCACUUCAUAUGUGCUGUAAACAUCACCAGACCUGCACAACACACACACAAUCAAGCUGCUACAGUGCUGUGAGGCCCCUUGGGCAGCUGGAAGUCAGUUUUGUUUGUAUUCGAGGUUAGAAUUUGUUUUUACAGCUAACCAAGCCACUUCCAUGAGUCACGGCAACGAAGCUGCCUUCAGAUUCCAGGCUAUUAAACACUGCAUGUGAUAGCGGAGUCAUGUCCAAGUUAUUCUGUUUACAGCAUGUCUCCAGUGUUAGCCUGUUAGCGUAUAAACACAGGGUUUCCCUUUUCUGAUGAUAUUCUGCACGGGAGGCCCGUCUGCUUUAUUUAGCUUCUCAUUACGAGCGUCUCUGUCCUCGUCUUUAUCCACUCUCCAGAUUAAGAGAGCAUUGUGUUUACAAGACGACACCCAGAGAGCACACACACAACACACACACACACACGCACUACUCCCAUGUAGUACUAAUGUGCGAGGUGGAGCUGAUGGGAUUACUGUCAUUCAGGCAAUAGGUCCAUUUAUCAAAAGACAGGCUGCAUCGAUCCACCUCAUUGCCCCCGGAGUUUGGAAACGCUGCCACAGCUCAGUAGACAUAAGCUCAAUGAGGUGUCUACAAGCAAUAAAUGUCUGCUUUUACAAGAUCUGUCUCUACUACAGUGUUUUAAUCAGUGUAACUGUAGAUACUCACCCCACCCAUCCCCCCUCCUUCCCACUAUCUUUACCCUUUAGAUUUUUUUUCAGCCAAAAAGAAAAUAAUUUGACCCCCACAGGAUCGGCAGUGACCGUCAAAGUUUUGAUCUCUCUGAAAGAGAAAGUUGCAGCUGACUGGUCACGCUCAAGUUUGUUCUGAUGAGCUCCCAUCACAGACGAACUGUCAAACUGAGGGGCUAACUAGCUAAGUGUAGACCCCACUUCUUUAAAUGCAAACUUCAAGAAAGGCACCAGAGGAAUGUUACAGUUUUCUUUUUCAUGUCUCAGCAAGUACGAUUAAGAUCACUUCCUGUCACAAUGGUUAUCAGCUGGCUACAGAAGAAAACCUGCUGAUGUCGAAACGCUGUGGUGAACCACGCUGGUUUACCCAAAGAGGAAAUGUCGAUGUUCAAACAGGAUGAUUUAGUGUGUGCUGGAUGUCCUCAGAGCAGAAUCUUGUCUCAUUUUUGGAGGGAUGUCUUUGCUUUCACUGGACAGUUGGAGAGUGAGAGGCAAUGUGGGGAAGAGAGUGGGCGAGACAUGCGUCAAAGGGUUUGGGUAUCCAACCUGUGACGAGAGGUGUGUGAUAUCAACAACAUUGCUGACAGUAACUGAAUAGAUUUUACAUCCCCUCAAAAAAUGGAUUCCUCAAUGUUCACACCUUGGAUUGCUCACCUCCUCUUCUUCUAUUCCGUUCCCCCUCUUCGCCCCUCACAUACGUCGUAUUUACAGCUUUCAUCUUGCUACACACACAGCCUUUGUCCCCCUUCCCUAUCUGAUCUUCUAACAGUAUCCAUCACCAUCAUGUUUUAUAGACUUUGUUCUUUCAUGAAGACUUCUGUCACGGUCAGCAAUGUGCAGUUUUCAUGCAUAAGUGUAGCUCCUUCUGGCGCAAUCAUGAAUCCCACCUCGCCAGCUACCUGAAGUGUUGUGGGGUCUUUUCAAUCAAACCAGCCCUCCACAAAGAUAAUUUACCUUUUAAUUAACCCCUAUUUUCUUCAAAUGCAGGAUAAUGACCAAGGAGCGUCAUUCUCAAGGUAAAAUGCAGGAACUAAGUGGAAUACAUCCGAUAUAUUGGAUGUAGAUCAGUGAUUCACAGCGAGUGGUACUUAUGACCUGGGGGUUGUUUUUCAUACUUAACAGUGUGAGACCUUAACAAAUGAAUUCAACUCAGCUAAUGUUGAAUUCUGCAUGUAUUUAAAAAUAUGAAUGUUAUGUAUUUGUGCCAAAGAAAAAGGUGUAAUGGGUUUCUUUCAAGUCGAAAAACACUGGCUCCCUAAGUGGCACAUAUGACCUGCUUUGUGUUGCAAGUCAAGAAAACUUGUCAGAUGGAGAACAUUUAAGUAAAAAAAGUAAAGCUAAAUGAAGUAUAAACAUUCAAACUGUUCGCUCAAGCGGUGCACUUGGUAUACAUGACACAGCUCAUUUUUGUGUAGUUUUGUUGAUAUAUAAAUCGUCCUUUAUUCUUCUAAUUAUUGGAGAUGGACCGAUCAGUUGGUCGACCAAAGGUUUGAGGUUGAGGGUUGUAUCCUCACGCUUUCAGCUGCUUUGAGCCAAACAGGAACCCCGAUAUUGUUAUUCUUGACCCUAAAUUUGGUAUCAAUCUUGAUUCUCUCAAUCCGUGUAUCCUAACAAAUCUCACUUAUGUUCAGUAAAUCAAAGGAAUGAUUUACCCAGAAAAUACUUCAAAUGAUUCAAACCUGACCACAUGACUGAAAGCUCAAGACAGGAACUGUUUCUUGAACUUUAUCUCUCCAAGACCGAGUCGUUUUCUCACGCGCAAAGUCACAGCUGACUAGUAUGACUCGGCUUCCUGUGCUGCAGACACAAUCUUAGACACGAAAUACUGUUGUCCCCCCCUCCCCUGCAGAAUUUUCAUCUCCGACUGUGUAGCCUACACGGUCAUACCAAAGCAGCCAGUGUUAAUUGGUGGUGAAGCAGCAUCGGUGGUGCCCUACUUGUGACGGAAUCUCGUUUUGUGGUUCGUCUUUGUAAUUUCCUGCCAGCCCAGAAAGAAGUGAGACUCAGCAGCACCAUUAACCUACAUUGCAUCAGAAUCAGCUCAGACUCCAGACACCUGUAUACACACACACACACACACAAUGAUGACACACAGAAAAAUAAACAGGCAGUAACAGCAUCUCGUAUUAACGGUUAUUAGGCUGCAGAAGCGAUCCAGCGUGAAAACACCACAGUGUUACUUAUUAACAUUUUCUGCUCUUUAGACUGCUGCUCUGCGCUUAUGUAUUCACAACCAGCGGCUAAGUAACAGACUUAAUGACUCUUCCUCCUCCAUUGUGGACCCGUGCAGACAUGAUUAAUAAUUCGGACAAAUGUUUUACAGAACUUGUGGGGCCAGGAGCUAAAACUGGACAUAAAAGGUCACGAGUUCAGUUUUUCAACAGCCCUUGACUGGCGCCAGCUGAAAGUCUGCGUUUGCCUCCAUCCUUCUCUGUGCAGUAAUGAUGCCCACUGUGCGAGUCCUCUGCAAACCCCACCUUAGUUUGUUUAAGGGGCUGAGGGACUGUUUGAUCACAGCUGGGUUGAUCCUCUUCAGACACGUUUAGCUGUGUCAGCACGAGAUAGCGAACACAGCUGUCUGUCCGCGGAGCUUUUCAUCAGUAUUAUCACAUUAAAAGAAAGAGAUGCAGAUCACCUCUUAUUGUUUCUCCGUGAUUUGAUCUCAUGCUGCUUCUUUCUUCCUUUGUUGCUGUGCAUGAUUGGUGCUCUCACUAUCCAUCUGUGGAAGUGAUUAAAGGCUGUUUGAUGGAGCUUUUCCUCAUUAUGCUCUUCAUAUCUGAGCUGUUUAUGGAGCUUUAUGUGGGAUACAUUUCAGGACUGGUGCCACACUGGAGCACUGUGGUGUUCCCUCCGUGCAUGCAGGCACUCUGGCUCCUCUUUUAGAUCACACAAAGGUCAAAAUUGAGUCCCUGUAUCUAGUUCUGGCUCGAUGGACGGAUUUAGCAAACGGGGAUUCUCUGACCUGAACUUACCGCUGCGAUGUAUAGAUAUAUAGAUAGAUAGAAGGGAGAGUGAAGUUAAUCAUGCUGCCGUCAUACUUGCUGACGCAUGUGAAUAAAUAAGUCAGACAGAGCCCACUGAUUUUAUUUAUAACGCACUACAUCGCCUUGUUUCAUGUCGCUGCCAGGUUCUGUUUAAGAAUGCAAACUGAAAACGCCAACUUUUAGACUCACUGAAAAAACAAAGAGCUUCUAAUGUAGAUGAAAGGAUCCAUGAACUUCUUGUGUAUUUCUUCCUUGACUGAGUUGCGUUUCAGUUUCGGCCGUGCAGGCGUGGAGUGCUACUGUCAGCAUGAGAGCGGCGCUGCUGUCAUCCAGCUCCAGUUCCUGAUCAACGAGGUUUGUAGACAGAACCAGCUCCUUGUUUUCCUUGUCCUCCUCACCCUUUCACUCUGUGUCUGUCUACUGCAUCUGUCUGUCCUGUUCUUAUUUUACAUCCACUCAGGGUCACAGGAGCUGCAUUUGUCAACAGAGCUGUCAGUCAUAAUGUAACACCCCAUAUCAAGCAUCAAAUAGUUAAUUAAAGAUAAACUUUGCCAAUGAUUAAAUAUUUGCACAUUUUUCAGCGUUAAACAAACGAACUAUAAUGACAGAAACCAUGUUUGAAUAAAUGUCUGUGACGUGUUCUUUGAUUUUGAAGGUUGACCCAUGUCCAAUCUGUUUACAUGGAGGAGGCAGGCUUUAUCACCGAUACUGCAGCCAGUCUGUAGAGAGGGCUUUAAAUAUUUUAGCCUCACUUUUGGGGCUAUUAUGCCAGUCUAUAGUUUUUACUACAGACAGUGUAAAAUAUGAGCUUAGUCACAGUGAUGCCAUCAACUGAGGGGUUAUGAAGCCAGUCACUAUGGAAACGUUGAUGUAACCUAAUUGGAGGUGGAGCCUAUUGGUGACUUGAUUAAUGUUACAUUAGUUAACUUUACAUACAAGUCUACCCAUGUGGCCCAGUGUUGUCCCUCAAAACUGUAACUACCUGUUGAAACAAGGCAGACUGUAAGCCCUGUGAUUGGUCCACUGGGUCGCAUUAUUCCAAACAUGAUCAAGCUUCUGUAAACACCAUAUCGUAUCAGUUUCAACUUCAACAUAAUACUUCAAAUUCAGUUUCUAUGCUUCCCAGAGUGUAGAAGAACAGGAAACAGGCGAUAUGGCUAGCAUAGAAACUGUACUGCUGACUAGAAUCUAGGCCGUGUAUUACAGAGCAAUGUGCACACACCAUUGCAGAAAUAUGUAGUGCAACACUUCUUGGCCUCAACCUCGUGGUAAAAAGCCAUCUUAUGCCCAAAUAUGGACGUUUUAACACCAGUUUUGUUUUGGAGUCAGCCUCAAGUGGACACUCCAGGUACUGCAGUUUUUAGCCUAUCAGCGCCUGAGGCUGCUGCUUUGUUCUUGGCAGGUAGGGCAGACAGUGGUACUAACUCACUCUUUAUUGGCCAUGAAUCUCUGGUAGUUGUGUGAACCGUGCUUUUAGUGAUCACAUUGAUUAAACACUAAUGCUCUCUUUGUGACCCAUAAGCUUCUGUGUUAGCUUGACUCAUGAUACAACCGAAUAAAACAGACUGUAUAAAGCCCCCUGUGUUUCUGACCUUGGCUACAGGGGGCGCUGGUGAGUGCCUUAGCUGAUGACAGCAUCCACCUGUGGAACCUGAGGCAAAAAAUCCCAGCGAUCCUUCAUUCUCUCAAGUUCAACAGGGAGAGGUGAGUAUCUGUUUAUCACUUUCUACUUCUUUAUUUGGAGUGACGCUGCAGUUUUCUCUCAUGUUGUUUCAAGUAAAGAAGUUUGGAGGAAGUUCUCGGCUGUCCACAUGCUUAUCAGCUCAGAAACAGCAGGGUUGUUGCCAUACUGUCUGUUUUAGGCAAAUACGAAAACUCACGGGUGCUCUGUAACCAAAAAGAUAAAAUGUUGAUGGUAAUCUAUCGCCACCUGUGAAAGUUUAUAACUCAUUUUGAAAUCAUAUUUUUCAGAUGUUUUCUUUUCUAAAUUUAGAGAAGUAAGAUUGUAAGCCAUCACACAGGUGGAACAGGCACCUCUUGGGUCAGCUAAAACCAGACUGGAUUAAUGAAAAAUUGAUCUGCUGUUGUGGGUAAAUAGUUUUUGUUAUUUAGAGUUAGAAAUCUCAAACUUAAAAGCUGCUUUCUUGACAUAUUAAAUAUAAAUCUAAAGUUUUAGACCAAAACUACAACAAAUAACUCCUGUGCUCUAAAGUUGACCUUGCUCUGUGAGCUCUUAAGCCCCUUUUGAGUCAUUACUUUUAUGCGGUUGCGCACAGUUUCCUCCUGUUGGCUCCAUUUUUAGGAACAGCAGCAUUCAGUCAUACUGAGUCAACGCUUCAGUCAUUAUCAAGAGCAAUAAUGUGGCUCAUAUUGAGUACAAAAAAGAAGUUUCAAGCAUUAGAAAUAACAGAUAAAAACGUUUAUUACAAAAGAGCAUCAGUAUGAACUUCUGUCUAUUUCAUUAAUGUAAAAAAAAACUCCUGACAGGAUCUUUAAAGAGGGAUUCUAGUGAGGAGAAACAGAAUAUGCUCCUACUACUCUGACAAUGCAAUUAGAGACAUAUUUUAUGUGAAACCAAGUGAUUCACAGGGAGCAGUAAUUGGUAGGUAACAGCCUUGCUUUAUUCUUGCUUUACACUUCCCCCUAAUUGUGACCAAAAAGCGUUAAUAAAUGGUACAAAUGGACCGCCUCUGCUAUUGAUUCGGCUACUGUAGCUCAACUAAACAGAACACCUGCCCAAAGAUUUCCUGCUGCAUGAGCUCUCCCUGACUUUACCCCCAAAUUAAACCGAGGGGCUUGAAGUCAGGGUGAAAUACUCGGCUGUUUGUGUUCACUCAUGCAGCAUUCAAAGGGUUUUUAGGAAGUUUGAGCAUGUCUGCAAAGGGCUUUUUCGUGAUUAUCAGCAGCUGUCUGUUUUUAGCUGGGCUACCAUUAACUAAAUUGCACUUGCUAAUGCUACAAAGCUGUCAUUUAUCAUUGUAUUCAGAGCGACCCGGGGGCAUCCCUGAAACGGGCUAAAAUCGUAUGCAUAUGCUCACCACAACAUGCAAAACUGAGCGCUGUGUGACUCAUCAUCUCGUAAUGAUCACUAAUGAAUAAUUAGCAGGUGGCAGGGCUCCUGCUUCCUCCUCUACUUCCUUAAUAGGCUCCUCUGAUUUUCUGUUACAUCACUGAUGUUUCAAGUGAGAUGUCAAUCAGAGCUUAAUCAGACACGCCCACACAGGUUAGAAAACGAAACACUAAUCUGGGUUUGUUUCACUCAGAUUAUUGAUAGUUAUUCUUGCUCUUUUUGGUUUAAAUAUGUUUUCAUAAAUUCAGUUUUAAUAUUUAUACUUCUUCAAAGCUUCAAGUCAAGACUUCUGCUGAAAAUGUGCACAGAAAAACAUCAACUCCAGCAAACAGUUAAGAGCAGUGAUGUACUUUAAACAUUUUAAAUGUGGUGCACGGCUGAGUGAGUCUUACUAGUUGAGAAAAAGCAGCAGUGUUUUCUCCCUCCUAUUCCUCCCUGCUGCUCUAUAUAUAGUCUGGCUUCAUUAGUGUGACACAGAGCAAGGCCUUUGUAAUUAAAUCUUAGUCACUCGCUACUCCUUCCAGUUGGAGCAGCAUGAUUAAGGGCUGGGGUGACUCUUUGAUGGUACUGAGUCAUGAUGAGAUAAUGAAAAGCCAGGUUGUGAUGGAUCCUCCUGAUCUUCUCCUCUCGCAGAAUCACGUACUGCCACCUGCCCUUCCAGAGCAAAUGGCUUUACAUCGGCACGGAAAGAGGAAACAUCCACAUCGUCAACGUGGAGUCCUUCACUCUCUCAGGCUACGUCAUCAUGUGGAACAAAGCCAUCGAACUGUGAGUCUCCGCUACCCAACUGUCUAGUUUCUGCUCCCUCCUCCUGCUCACUGCCUAUUUGCAUAUCUGCGUUGCGCACUUGUGUGAGUUGACACUGAACCAGGAAAGUCUGAAACGCACAGGAAUGUGUCUGCAGAUACAGUGUGUGUGUGUGUGUGUGUGUCCUGAGAGCUGAGAACACUGGAGCUCUGAUCAGUGUGAGGGCGGCACGGAGGUGGUGAUUGUGCCUUGCCAGAACUUGCUGCUGAGACUCCUGGAGGUGUUUGCUGCCUGAUUUAACUGAACAUCUGUGAUAUAGGAAAUGCCCACUUGAUAACCCUGGUGACUUUCUCAGUGUCACCCACUCCCCCGUGUGAAAUAAAAAAUAAAAAAACACCCACAGUAGGAAUCACAAGGAACUUGACAUCACAUCCUGUGCAUAGGUGAACGUGGAAGAUUUCCUGCAGGAAUCAGAUAUACCUUGGCAGGCGCUACAUUCUGGUAAAAUUAGAUUUCAGUGUGAGGAAUCUAUCACCCAGCACACUGACGAAUGUCUUUAAUGGAACCGGUCAUAGUAGGUUUGCAGCGUCUGACUCUGUGAAUGAAGAAGCUCUGAAAAUCAAAAGUGAGGCCACUUCUUUCAGGGGAAACUUUGUGCUGUAGAAGUUUCUCUUUGCAGGUUUUUUUUUUACUCCUCGUGGACCUGCCACUGAGCUAAAAGAAAAUAUUUCAGAAUGACUGGCAGCUCAAAUUGGAGGCAGAGUAUAAAAAAGUGUGUGUGUGUGUGUCUGUGUGAGAGUGAGUGCAGGGCUGCUGGUGAAUCUGAUAAAUCCCUGUUUUAGAUCUGGGAGUUGAAAGUGUCAGAACACCAAAGUAUGCAAUCAGCUCAGAUAAAUGUCUCUGAAACAGACAGCAGAGACAGGAAAUGAUUUUGGCUGUCUCACUGCGCAGAUGAUUAAAGAAAAGAGCUCUUGGCUUCGGUGUGGAAUUUAAAAACAAAAUAUUCAGUGAUUUUUUUUUUUGUUUUGUAGAGGAGGUUUGCAAGUUUUGAAAGAAGAAGUCCUUCCAACACAGUUUGACUUUAGCGAUGCACGGUAAUGUUAUCUGUUUGUUAUUGGUAACGUUGACUGUCUGCAUCAUUCAACGGAAGUAACAACUCUGAUGUGCACGGCUGAUAAGUGAUGCUCACGCAACAUCAGCGGUAGACUUCUCAGGUUGUUAAAUGCCUUUCACUGCACACUACAGUGCAUAUAACAGUUUGCAGUUUGUUGAAAUUGUGUUUUUGUUUGGCACAGUGAGUGUGCACAUGUUUAAAAGUUGUAUAUCUUAUGUUUCUCCAUCAUGUCUGAUAUGAGUUUAUGCAUUAUUAUGUAGUUUUGACCACAGGAAGAAGUUGGUGGUCUCUGCCAUUUGGUGGAAUUUGGUUUCUUUGUUAAUAGCUUGUUUUUAGAAAGUGUGUUUUGGAUGCUUCUCCCACUCUCUACUCCACACAUUUCUUGCUCCUCUUCAGCUGUCGUGCCUAAUAAAAUGCCUAAAAAUGAAUGAAUGAAUGAAUGAAUGAAUGAAACGUUAUUUAACCAGAAAAUCCUCAUUGAGAUUAAAAAUCUCAUUUGCCAGAGUGUCAUUGUGUACAUUUACAGAGUUACGGACAUAAACAAUUACAGACAUAUACAGACAUAACAACCAUAUAUAUAACUAUAAAAAUAUAACUAAAAUGUAAACCAGACAUGACUCUGCAGUGGGAGUCACUGCAUGGGAUUAAAAUCACUUAUAUAAAUAAAAAUUUAUUGAAAAUUAAAUAAUCAAAAUCAGCCAUUACUUUUGAAUUGUUGAUUAACAUGAAUCUUCUGAGGCAAGAUAGAAAACUGACCUGUGAUCUGACAAAUUACAAUUUCACAUUCAGACACUGUGUCUUCUAUAAGUUUGCAUCCAUGAUGAAUGGUAUGGGGAUGCACAAGUGGCCAUGGUUUCCACAUCUGAGAGGACAACAUUAAUGCAGAGCAGUAUUCUGAAUAUAGAUUUUUAAGCAUCAUAUUCUGCUGUCUGUCUGAAUAGCUCCUUUCUCAGGGAAGAUCUUGCAUAUUUCAUCAAGACAAUGUCAAACCACAUUCUGCAUGUAUUACAACAGCAUGACUCUGCACUAGGAGAGUACAGGUGCUAAACUAGCCGGCCAGCAGUUCUGACUUGCCAUGCAUGGAAAAAUCUUUGGUACAUUAUGGAAUUAAAAAGCAUAAAGCAACAUUAAUUUUGAGUUUCAACAUUUCUUAUUGCUCAAUUUUGAAUUUAAAUGAUUUGCAAACCAUCAACAUUUUAUACAGUUUCCCAACUUUUUCGAAGUUGGCCCCGCACUAGCGAAGUGGACCGUAUCCCAGCCUCCUCCAUCUCAGAGUUUUCUCGGGUACACUGUAGGAGUUUCAUGGCUUCUUGACAGCAUGGUUGAUUUGAUGGCAAAGUAUUGAUGGAUCAUGCUUCAUUAUUAUGAAGCUUUUACUUUGGAUAGCUGAGUCGGCAACAUAUGUAGCUCCUGAUUGGCUGGUGUUAUCUGCACAUUCAUAUCAGAUGGUGUGGCGUUCCUCCAAAAAGAUGAUCAGACACUUAAACUGAUUAUUUCAAGAUAAAUUAGAACUGGUUACAAAACAAAACAGAAAUACAAAAAUCUAAUUAGUUGUAAAGCUAGCUUAAUCUCUUAAGCUGAAGGUGUCAUGAGUUAUUGGGCUUGUGGUCUUUGCUUAAGCAGAUCUUAGUGCAGUUGCAAUAUUUCUGUUGGGAAUAACCGUAUUCCUCUCCUUGAGGAGCCGGGACACAAAUCAGUUUCACUUCUUGACCUUUUAUUUCGUUGCUGUUUUUAUCGCGUCUAUACAUUCACAUUAUUUUAACACUCAAAAAGAAGUCAUUUCGAGUCCUUUCAAAAUAAAAGUCCCUUUCAUCCAAACAGAAAGCUAAAUGACUCAGGGUUCAUGCAGUAAAAAGGGAGAACAAAGGCAAACAAAUAACAAAUCUCUCAACAUAAACUGGGUUACUUUGCAGUUUGCUAAGAGCAGAGCAGACACCCUUUUUCUGCAGUCUAAUUUGCCCUCAGUAAACAAAGCCUUUCCAGUAUAUUAUUGUUAUUUUUGUCCCGGAUUCACACUUUAAAUUAACAUUUGAAACCUUCUGCAGUAGACAGAAUACGUUUAUAGCAGUCAUUUGUGGUGUUGUGGGGAAAAUUAAGCACCUUUAAAUCUACCUUUUUGUUUUUUAAAAUAGGGAUUAUCUUGCCUCUCAGCUUUAAUACUAUAACCCAUACUGUUUGCAUAUUUAUCCUCACUCUACAUUAAAAACAUUGGGUUCUUUGGAUGGUAAAUCAUGCUGUGAUUAGCGGCGGCUAGACUAUAUAUUCUUCGUCUGUCCCCGCCUUUUUACUCACUGCUGCAUCUGCGACUGUAUCGACUCAUCAGCAGCAAUGAGAUCAUUAGCCGAUGGAGCCAGACCACAUUCAGAGGCAGCAACACUUUCUUUAGGCCAGACCUUCACUUCCUCCGUGGCCCUUGCUCUGUUGCCACGGUGAUGCUGUCUCCACACGCUAUAAUCUCUCACAGACCCUCAAGUGACCCUGCUCUCCCUCUCUCUCUCUCUCUAUUUGUCUCUCUCAUAUGUCAUCUCUCUCUCUCUGUCUCUCUCUCUCUCUCUCUCUCUCAGCAGCACUGAUGCACAUUUUCAUCUUAUAUUCCUGCUUUUUCCCUCGUGCACAAACAGAGACUCUGGCUUUUUAUCUCCUCUUCUCCGUUUUGAAGAUCUUCCCUAAUUACCUACCCAUGAUUUUCUCCCUCUAAAAGCAGAACAUAAACAGUCUUACUCAGAUAGAAUGAACUCUUUUGAAACGUGUUAGGUCUUAAUGCACAACACAGAUACUCUUGAAUUGCACACACCUUCGUUCUUUGACUUCUGUACUUUUCUUUUGUCUUUAAAUCUUUCACAGAUCCACCAAGACACACCCCGGGCCUGUGGUGCACAUUAGCGAUAAUCCCAUGGAUGAAGGAAAGGUAACUCAUAUUAAACUUAACAGAUCCUCCAAGUGUUGUUUAGAAUUCCUGAGCGCAAAAAAAAAAAAAAAAAGAAAGAAAGAAAACGAAUCCAUUUUUGUCAACUGGGGGUAAACUCGUCUUGUUUCUCUUUUUCGCUGCAGACAAUGCAAUGUCAAUAAGUCUUGUUCAGACACAGUGAAGAGUGAUUGCGGACCAUUUCCUACAAAUUACAAUGUCAAUAGCCUCCAUCUCAUUCUGGUGUCUAAAUUAAUGAGAAAAGGCUCCAUUUAAGGCUCAUUGUUCACAGAAUGAGCCGGCAUGUUUUCUACGAAGAAGUGAAAACCAUAUCUUCAUAGCCGUUAAUCUGACAAAUAUUUGGCCUUUUAUUUAAAGAUAUUUUUUUAUUCUGUUCUUUCUUAAUUCAUGUCAAAUUCUAGAUCCAGUAUCACAAAGUAUCAGUCAUUGUUUUAAAGGCACUGUCUGUCUCAGAAAUUCAACUAUCUUAAAGCUCCAGUGAGGAACUUGCUGUGUGUGACAGUUUUUGCACCCCCUGUGGACAAAGCAGUUUUUACUCAUCUGGUUCCUGACAUGCUCAUGCAGUGUCUUUUGAUGAAAAAGACCCUUUCAUGUUGCUUUUUGACAGUCAAGUGUAUAAUUAUCAUGAAUAUUUUAUGCAGAAAAUGUAAAAACCUGAGCUAAUUCUGCAGCUAAAAGGCUGACACCUACCUCCUCACUUUUUGAGUCUUUUUGAAAAAUGUCCAAAAUUUCCCAGAGGUGCCCAAAGCACUGGAAUAGUAGAUAAAGUGUAUUUAAUUAUUAAUUGAUAAACAUGAUGUAUAUUUGUGUUUACUCAAUUUCACAUCUAUCACUCUUAUAUGUGUGUUUUUGUCAGUAAAUGACUUUAUUAGGUUUAGAAUCAAAUCUAUUCUUUAUAAUGCUAAGUUCUGCAGAGAAAAAUCACAUCAACUGACAGAGAUUGAGUAAUAUAAAGAGCAUUCCUAAGUCUUCUUAAUGUUAACCAAUCCUUUACCAUCACAGACAGAGAUGAAGAUGCAGUGAUGUUAACUCCAGGCAGAGCAGAAAGUGGUUAUACGGCAAUCAUCUGAGCUGUGCUUUGCUCCUCUUGUUAUUGCAGCUUCUGAUUGGAUUUGAGUGCGGGGUUGUGGUGUUGUGGGAUUUGAAGUGCAAAAAAGCUGACUACCGCUACAAUUAUGAUGAGGUAAGACAUUAUUUCCUCUCUGCUCCGUCCUUGUGAGGGUUACUUUGUUCACUGUUUUCACACUCUAGCCCCAGCAACAUGUGGGGUCUUGAAAGGUUUGCGUUUUGUGUCACUUCGUACACAUGUGAUGGAACAGUGACUCCACAGUGCUUCCUCUGGAGACUAGAAGCUGCUACUCCUUGAACCCUUUCCAUUGCUUUGUCUCAGGGGAUUUCAUAUGAGAUGACUAUUUUUCUCAGUUCAGCAUGUGAUAGCUGUGAAGCUUGUUGUUUAUAUGCAACUGAGACUUAAUUAAGAAUGAAACCCAAUCGAUCAAAUUAAGCACAGUACAGCAUUUUUCACGGUGGUUGUACUAAGAUGUAAUGAGACAAUGAAAAGUUUCCUGUUGUGUGUCAACAAGAUGAAAAGAUGCGUCUGGUGAAACUCGUUAAUCUCUGACUGUCAUCUUCUGUGUCAAGUCUAUAAAAGACCCAAAAACCAUCAGUGGAAGAAGAAUCGCCUUUUGUGAACAAAGCCUGAAGUAUCCUAUUACUUGGUGCCCUUGAGUUCCUCUGUUGUCAAAACGUAUUGAAACUGCAACAAUACAAUAGGAUAGGAUACUAUAUGAUAUGAUAUGAUAUGAUCUGAUAUAAUGUGAUUUGACCGAUAUGAUAAGGUACAAUACAAUAGGUUAGGAUAUGAUAUGAUAUGAUAUGAUAUGAUAUGAUAUGAUACGAUUUGAUAAGGUACAAUACAAUAGUAUAGGAUAGGAUAUGAUAUGAUAUGAUAUGAUACAAUAUAAUUUGAACGAUAUGACAAGGUACAAUACAGUAGAAUAGGAUAUGAUAGGAUAUCAUAUCAUAUCAUACGAUAUCAUACAAUAUGAUAUGAUAAGAUAUAAUACAAUAUGUUAAGGUACAAUACAAUUGGAUAGGAUUAUAUGUUGGAUAUGAUAUGAUACGAUAUGAAAUGGCACGAUAUGAUAUGAUUUGAUACGACGUGAUAUAAUAUGAUACAGUAUGAUACGGUAUGAUACGAUAGGAUAUAUGAUACAAGGCAUUAUAAGAUACCAAUCACACCCGAUGAUACAAGAUUUAUUAACAGGAUAGCAGAUGAGAUAAUAUGAUACAAAAUUAUACAGCAUAUUAGGAUAAAAUACAAGAAUAUUUGUAUUGAGACAAUAUGAGUAGACACUAUAAGAUAUGAUAUGAUAAGAUGCAAUGAUAUGCAAUCCAUUUGGAUACCACGUAAUAGGAUACAAUAUGACAUGCAAAAUAAUGGGAUAUGAUUUUACACAUGAUAGCAGGAUACCAUAUGAUACAGUACUGUAGAACACAAUAUGAUAUGCUGCAUUAUGAUUCAAUAUGAUAUAUAAUGCUAUACUUUACAAUACAACCAAAACAGUAUGAUACAGUAGGAAACGAUUUGACAUAAUAAGUUACAAUGGAAUAUGUUGUUACCAUACAAUUAAAUACUACUCUGUAAUAGGAUACAGUAGGAUACAAUAGGAUGAGAUGCAGUACAAUAUGACUUGAUAUAAUCUGAUCGUAUAUGUUAAAUGCUUCAAUAUGUAAGAAUAUGAUCAAUCAACAUAUCACAUUAAAAACCAGAACUUCCCCUCAAGGUAAACUGCAGGAUUAAUGUAAUUAAUGUCACGUUUAGAGGAAGGAUAAAGUAGUACAGCCGUAAGGUAAUACUUACUGAGAACUGUGUAGUUUUCUAAUUGAAAUACUGUUAUCUGUUAUAUGACUGUUGUAGCGUAUGAGUCAGGGCGACCAACUGUUUUGUCAAUAUUUUGUCCCACUCCUGCUGGGCAUCAUUCCCCCCUUCAUGGCUUAACACAUUCACUGUAAUACUUGAGCUGAUUCCACUUACCACCGUUCAGAUGCCAAAGGUACUUGAUCAAACUGCAAAUGUGUGAUAAUCUGCGUCUGAAAGAAGUCCCUAAACAUGAGACUACUUACUCCUGUUGACAUUACUUCUGCUCACACUAUAAUGAGCAGGAGUUUCGGGAACUAAUUCACCUGUUUUCUAAAGAUGAAAGUAUAUUUUUCAAACACUUUUUCAAAGCCCGGUGUCUUAAGUAGCAACAAAUGAGCCUGAAGUUCCACAAAGGCCACAGAGAAGUCAGAUGGGUCUCACCGAGGACUAAUGAGUUCUUGGUUUUGCUCAUUAGUCACUUUUAUGGAAAGAUGUAGAACUUUCCAGUCUUCUUGCUCACAGAGCUGUGCAACAACUCCUGUUAGUUGUUGCACAGCUGUGAAAUGUGCGCCCUCCUUCUAAUGAUGUGCUGCUGCGGGGUCUUUCAGGCCAUCCACUCAGUCGCCUGGCACCACGAGGGUAAACAGUUUGUCUGCAGCCACUCUGAUGGCACGCUGACCACAUGGAAUGUACGAGCCCCGGCCAAGGCUGCACAGAUCAUCACACCACAUGGUAGGCACUGUUGUAUACACACACUUUUACUGUCUAUACACACACAGGGAGGUUAAACAGAAGCCAAGUGUCUUUGAAAGCACACAUCAAAGCUCAAAGUCCCUCCGGUCUGAGAGGUGUGACUGGUUUGAAAAAGUUCAAGCAUGUGUUGUGUACACACUUCGUUAACUCUACCUGCGCUUGUUUUAGUGAAAUGCAUUCGCUGUCUUUUUACCUCCCAGGGAAGCAACCUAAAGAUGGAAAAAAGCCAGAGCCAUGCAAGCCUAUCCUGAAGGUGGAGUACAAAACAACAAGGGCGGGGUAAGUGUGAUGGAAGAAAGUCUCCACCCAUCCUGUGUCAUAACUGACUCUGGUUUUAAUCCAUGUCCUGUUUCCAAAGUGCCCUUUCCUGUUAUUCUGUCACAACAAUACAAAAUCAAACUGGCCGGUCCUGUUGACAGGGCCCCUCUGCCAUGUCUAAUUACUCCUCUGUUUCACUGCAUUUGUUUUGUUGUGAUAAUUAGCUUAAUUGUUUUCGAUUAUGACAAAUGAUUUGUUGUUGCAUGUUAAUUAUGUUUUGAUUAUCAUCGGCAUAAUUAUCAUUAUCAGCUGAGAUUUUUUACUUCAAUGUCACAUCGUAGAAGGACAAAACUUUCUUUAAAUCCCUGAUAUUAAAGCAGUAACCGUUUGAUGAAGGUGAUCUAAUUAUCCCUUACAUUUUCUCCUCAGGUAUUAGAGGACAGGGAUUAAUAUAGUCAUCAUUAUAAUUAAAGAGCGGACUCCUCUUUUUGUAGAUGCUCCAGAAAUGGGGGCAGAGCAUCUCCAGAGGAAUCACAACAGUAAAAAUUUGGAGUCCCUCUCCAGCCGUUUACCGCUGAUUGGACCGUGUAGCUUUGGAAUUUAUUGAAUAAGCAAUUAAACUGUUUCUGUGCGUGUUUGUGUUUGUGUUUCCUGAUCUCAGGGACCCGUUCAUGGUCCUGUCAGGAGGCCUGUCUUAUGAUACAGUUGGGAGGAGAGCCUGUCUGACUGUGAUGCAUGGAAAGAGCACUGCCGUCCUGGAGAUGGACUACCCCAUAGUGGAUUUCCUAACACUGUGUGAAACUCCAUAUCCAAACGGUGAGCUGCGAAACUCAACACUGGGACAUUCAGUGUCUUUAUUAACUCCCCGAAACGACACCUCGGUUAAUUUUGUGCUGUUUUGUGUUUUCUUUCUUUUGUCAGACUUUCAGGAACCUUAUGCUGUGGUUGUCCUCCUGGAGAAGGAUUUAGUCGUAAUAGACCUCGGACAGAUUGGGUAUUUAUAUUGCUUUCUUAAUAUAGAGAAAUUUUUCUGUAUUCAUCUUGGAAAACUGUUUUUGCCAGGGGCGUGUACAGAGGUGCGGCAAGGGGUGGGAUGGUACCCCAGAAACCGGCCACCCCUGAAUCCUAAACUAUGAUUCCCAAUUAACCUCGUCAGAUGAAAGACUGAUGUUAAAGUCAACCAUUUAGGCACCUGCACUGAUUUAAAGUCCCACUCAGAUAGUUUUUUUUUUACUUCUUAAAGUGUUCUAAGUGGUCUCUUAAUUGUGAUUAUGACGUUUUUACCAAAAGUUGUGUUAUCUCUGUCAUUUUCAAGGGCUUUUCUUCUGCAGAGCUCCAGUAGAUCAUUAGUAAUUCACCUCUAAGUCGUGGGCGGAGACAGUGCUGCUCUGCACACUUGUCUUCACGUGAGCUUGCACCCUAACAUUACCAGUGUGGUAGAAGUAGUAGGUAACAUAAGAGCCAUUCAGCUCUCGGACACUAAUGUCUUUCGGGACACGAUGAAAGUUAAUAUCAUAAUUAGCUUUCUUACGAUCAUUUCAAUCUGCUUGUUCCGCGAUCGUCCUCCGUAUUUCUCCUCUGUGUGGCCUGCAUGGCAGGGCUCUGGGGGCGGAGCUUGGAGCGGUUACAUAUGAAAUCUCACUGUUUCUGAACCUGCCGUUUGGGUCUGCCAGAGAUUCACAGCGAUUUGAAUGAAGAAAUUCUCAGAAAAGCAAUUUUGAGUUUAGUUUUUCUCAAAUGUCCUGUAGCAUCAGAAAAAUGCCAUAUGAACACAUAAAAAAACAAGAACAACAUGAUUUUCAUCUGAGUGGAUCUUUAAAGCAUUAUAAAGUAUGAUAUAAAACUGUUGCUGUUAUUGUUUGUGAUCUGUUUUGCUUUAAUAUGUCAUAAAAAAGCAUUUGGAUAAAAUUAGCCUAUUUUAUAAACAUCAGAAAUAUUCUCACAGAAGCUGUAACAAUACUGGUUUCUUGCUAUUAUUGAACUUAACUGAUUAAUUUAGUCAGAAAAGUGCAAAUCAAACUUGUGAGGCUUGAAUAAGUGAGAGAAAAUGGUCCCAACCUGGGGAGUUGUUAUUAAGAAUAUGAGUGCAAUAAGAUUGUAGAAUACACAAGAGCUGUCACAGUUUUUCCAGCACUUUUGUUCUCUUAAGGUUCCCCUGAAUACGAAAGUCCAGCCUUAAUUAAAUACAAGAGGGAAUUGUUCCGCAGUCAAGCAAGCAUUAUGUUCCUUUUAUUUUAAUCUUAUUAUUCUCCCCCCUGGUGAAUUGCAACUGUUUACCAUUUUAUUCUAAUCAUACAGCGAAAAAGGAGACACUUAUGUUUAAAAUCCCAGGUCGCUCUCUUUUAUUGAGAAAAAAGAAGAAAUCAUGCAGUUCUCGUGAGCGCUUAUAAAAAUUCCACCCAGUUAUUUUAAUAAAUUGAAGGGGAUUCAUCAGUUUAUGGAUAAAAACAAAGCCGUCCUUUUCUUGAUUUAGUUACAGCGCUCAUUUUUGGUCCCUAUCAGCUGAUGUUGAACUGAGCCAUCAGCAGGUGUAACUCAGGUUAAAGUCUGUCGUAUAUCUGAUAGUGAAAGUGCAACGUGGAAUAGUGACAGCUCAGGUGAUGGGUGUUGGGUUUUUUUCUGUUUUAACAUCAAAUUUAAUGCAAUUUCACACAAAUUCUCGACAUUUUAAUGUCCAUUUGAACAUGUUGAUUCAUCAGUAAAGAGUGUGCAGCUGCAUUGAUUUGCAGCGAGGCAGCUGUCGAUGCAUCUCCAGCUGGUAGACAUGUGGAGAUAACAUGUAGACAUGGUUAUUUUAAAGUCUAACCUAUAGCACCUUGUUUUGGCAGGUAUCCAAUAUUUGAGAAUCCAUAUCCCCUGACUAUCCAUGAGUCACCAGUGACCUGCUGUGAGUACUUUGCCGACUGCCCUGCUGAACUUAUUCCUGCACUUUACUCUGUCGGCAGCCGGCAAAAGAGACAAGGCUACAGCAAGAAGGUACACAACAUUUCAGAUCAUUAUUGAUGCUUCAACACUGGAAGUGCUGUUGAAAGCUCUUGUGAGGAAGUUGAGAUUAAUGUUGACGUUGGCGCCCCCUGUGGACAAAGUGAUAUCUCUUUAUCAUUCUUAUCCUGUACUUUCUGACAAAACCCUCCUCUCAAGAGCUUUAAAGAACAGAUUUGUGUCUGUUUUCGCAGGAAUGGCCCAUCAGUGGAGGAAACUGGGGCCAAGGCACUCAGAGUUACCCUGAAAUCAUCAUCACCGGGUAAAUGACUCAUGAAUAUAACAAAUAGAGUAAUCACUUUGCCAUAACGAUGAUAUGGCAUUGUCCCAGUGACGCAGCAAUCUAAUACUCUUUAUUUCCGGUCCCAUGAAUAGACAUGCUGAUGGGUCGAUCAAAUUUUGGGAUGCUUCUGCAUGUGAGUAUUUAUACUUGUUUAAUUCCAGUUUAUUUUAAGAAGAAGUUUGUUGCUACAUUUAGCUGACAAUUAAUAACCAUCAGAAGACAUAACAGACUUGUAAAUUAAGUUUUUAUGAUUGAAAUCUAUAAAAGUUAUUGCUAGAUACACAUAACUUUCCAUUAUCUCGAUUUGUUAGGAUACUUUUAUUUUGAAACUGUCAAAUCAUAGACUGUAAAUAGAAUAGAUGCCGUCUGCCUCCUCGUGUGGUGAAGCCACUCUGAGAACAGCACCCUCUGGUGACGGGCUGCAGUAUAGCUCAUAAAUCCCGCCUCCACCAGCAAAGCUUAUGGGGCUGUGGACAAACUUUAGAAAUUUAUUACACAGAAUAUACAUUUUUCUCCCCCCUGCUUGAGAUGUUGACAUGUAGUUAUUGUAGACUGAUUUGUGCUCAAGUUCUCGUUCUUUUCUGUGAAGCUCCAUUUUUAAAAGUUUUUAGGGGGUUCACGUUUUCUGUGAUUGACACCUGAUACAGCUUAAUGGCGUACAAAGAUUGUGUAGCUCACUCGGGGGAUAUGCUGUUUGAGCUGAGCGUCAUCAGUGUUUCAGUAAACGAAGAAAAAUCGCAGCAAUACCGAGAGCUUUUUGGCUUCAAAGUUUUCCAUACAGUCUAUGUGUCCAAUUCAUUCUGUGCAGAAACAGUUUUGGAUACAAGGCGCAUGUAUUUGUUGUUAUGUUGUCUCAAUAUGAGUUUUUUUUGUAAAGGCUGGUAAAAAUGUCGGAAUAUGGUCAUUUAUGCAUCAUACUUCAAAUAAAGGAAGAGGAAGAAAUCUUAGAAAUUAGAUUUUAUUCACGCAUUAACAAAAAAACCCUCUUAAAUAUGGAAGAUAAAUAGAAGUGGUUCUCCUAAAAACUGAGGUUUAAAAAGGUUAGAUUAGAAGCUUUAAAGCAGCUCCUUAUGCUGUUGAAACAUCCAUAUACACAACAGUAUCAUCUGCAUAUUAAGAUACAUCUAGUCCCUCAAAGUGCUUUAAGAUGUUAUUCAUAUUAAACUAAUUUUAAUUAAUCCAAGAGGAAGCCCACUUCAUAGUUUGAGCAGCCUCGAACCUCAGUACAUUGUCUUGAUCACAGUGCAUCAUAUCUCCCUUAUUCUUGAUUUUCUCUUCUUUUCAAAGUAAUGCUUCAAGUGCUGUACAAGCUAAAGACUGCCAAGGUGUUUGAGAGGACUCGCGGUAAAGAGGAGAAGCCGAGUACAGAUAUAGUAGAGGAGGAUCCGUUUGCAAUCCAGACCUUGUCCUGGUGCCCAGAGAGCAGGAUGCUGAGUGUGGCCGGGGUGUCUGCUCACGUUAUCGUCUAUAGGUUCAGCAAACAAGAGAUCACUACUGAAGUUGUGCAGGUAAAUACACACUUACUGUUUAGAUCUUGUUUUUCCAGGACAGUUAUCAGAAACAAGCCUUAUUUUUCGACAUAUCUUGUUUUUUCGUAGCUUUUGGAGGUGCGGAUGCAGGGUGAGUUUAGCGACGGGGACUCCCCUGACCCAGGAGGGGAGCAGACUCCCACCCUACCUACCCCGGCAGCUUCCUCCAGUCCUCAGGAGGGAGAGCUUCCAACACAGCCUUCAACGGGAAGCAACUCCUCUGAUGGGCCUCGGGACAAUAUACCCUGCCUGCAGUAUGAACCCUUAUUUCUUUUUUAUUUCCUUUUUUGUGAAAUAUUAUUCAAGCCAUUGUGGACGAACCCAAAAAAGUAUCCUAAAAAGAUCAUUUUAGUGAGUGAUGUGGUCAUCCUUCCCCUCCUUAUUGCAUCUCCUCAGUCCUUCAUGAUAUCUCCACACUGGUUCACCAGAGGAAAAUAAAUCUCUAUACAAAAAUAUUACAAACGAUAAAUUUUCUUUGACAGUAAAGGUGAGUGGGGGGGGAUAAGGGUAAUAAAAAUGAUGACAUUGUCAUUGUGGCCCACCCAUAGGUAAUCAUUCUUAUCUGUGUAAUGUGUACCCCCGCUAUCUCACCCUGCUGUGUGUUUGAUGCAGGGUGCGGAGCUCCCCGCUGAAGCAGUCUCCGGGCUACCAGGUGGAGCUGGUGAUACAGCUGGUGUGGGUGAGCGGGGAGCCACCUCAGCCAAUCACGAGCCUGGCUAUCAACUCCUCCUACGGCCUGUAAGUCCAUGAAAGCAGCAUGCUUGAUAUUUUGACACAAGCUCACACUGCUUUAUGCCAACACUCCUCUUAACAGUGGUGGUUAACCCUGUCCUGGAGCUAUAUUUAUGUGUCCAGAAGCUUUAAUUGCAUCCUGCCACACAAAGAGCCUUCCUGUAUCAUUGUGAGGAGUUUGAGCAAAAAUACCAUCUUAAUUCCAAGACUGAUGUAGUCAUUUGCUCCUCUUGUGUUUCAGUGUGGUGUUUGGGAACAGUAAUGGUCUGGCUGUGGUGGAUUACCUCCAGAAAACUCUGCUCCUCAACAUGGGCACGUCAGAGCUGUACAGCCCAUCUGAUCCCUACCAGAGGCAGCCUCGCUCCCCACGCAAACAACGGCAGCCCUCUGGAGGUACACUUGCACUUUUUUCGUCCGCCGCUCAUAGCUGAAUACCCGCACAGGCUACCCAUCAUUCACAUUAUGAAGCUGAGAUUUAGUAUUGGCUCCUUAAAUCAUAUUUUUUUGAGAUAUGGACUUAUCUGGAGGCUCUGACUCGAACUGUUGGAGGUUAGUCGGGGGGAUGCAGGGCUGACACUUGGCAGCAGCUUUGACUUCGCACCAUGAGCACCGCCCCCUGUAGUAGCUCCUGUCUCUCAACAGGGGGCAUCACUGACAGAUUCUCCAUCUGUUCAGUUGGACACACCAGAUGAUCUUUGCAGUCAGAGCGAAUGCAGUAUCAGUGCCUUAAUGUUUACUUUCUGUUUCUUUGAUAGUAAAGCAAACAUGAUUCGUAUGGAUUUGUUGGUUUUAGCUUUGCUGUUUCUCUCAUGUCUUUUACUAUGUUUUUUGUCUCUGCCUAAUCAUCCUGUUUGUACUCAUUCUUUUCAGUCUCAGUGGUCUGCUGCGAGAUUUAAGUCUCUUUUAUUUGGGUUCGCCGUCGUGACGAGCGAACUUUAAUUAAUGCACACUUGAAGAAUUCAUUCUGGUUACUCUUUCCUUUUAAUUAGAAAUCCUGCAGCAAGCCCCCGAGACUUGUAUCUUUCGUUUUCUGUUGCACUUCUGAUCAUUUUCCUGUCUCACUGUUUUUACUGUCGGUCUCUCUCUGUGGUAAAGACGUUCCACCUGUGACUUCUUGCAUGUCCAGACUUUCUAACUUGUAUUCUGACUCUGUGAAAAAGCUACGCUCAUCACACUUCAGUAAGUCAUGUUGUGUGAGAAUUUCUUCCUCCUCUCUGCAGUAUCAUUUCUCUCCUCUAUGUCUCCCCCCUUUUUUUUGCUCAUAAAGAUACACUCCCUGUUUUUGGUAUGGCACCCCCAAAAUCCCCCAAAUCCUCCGUAUUGACUUCUUAAAAACAACAGCUGUGAGCUGGGAGGAAAUUGGGUGACUUGAGAGCACUUGAACAAAAACAGGCUGUAUAUCUUUAACCCAAGCCACAUAUUUUUCCUAGACAAACAAUACUGGCACUUAGAGCCAGCAGACUUGUACUAGAUUUGUGGCGUGAACUCAAGUGUGGCUUAUUUAUUACUCUGUGUAAGUAGCUGUCCUUGCCUUUGUUCAAAUUAGAAACCCUUUAUUAUUUCCACUUUACCUGUUUUCUGUAGGAAAUGGCUUAAACUUGUAAAGAUAAAUCCAAGAGUGGAUCUAAAUUCUGCUGUUUUUAAUUACAACUUUUGUCCUCCCUGCAGCACUUUGUGAUUCCAACGAUGGAGUCAACCCUCCGGAGGACCGCUGCAAAUCACCCACUUCAGGUAAGCCUCCGUGACGUCUUCCUCCCCCCAAAAAACAGGUCAUUUGGUCAUUUCAUCAAAUCCGUCUUUUUUUUUUCAAUGAUCCCAUUUGUCACGUAGGCUCUACCUCACCUUGCAAUUCAGAUGAUGACAGAAAGCAGAAGUUCAUAGAAAAGGGUACUGUAUGCAUAAAAGCUGCAUGCGUUUUCUCAUUUGACUUUAAAAUGACUGCAGAUGUCUGACUUGUCUCUUUAAACCCUGUUUUCAGUGAAGGUCAAAAGCAGACGUUUUUCCAAGACGGUUGCCAAUGACUUUGGUACUGUAUCAUUUACAUGUAUCUUCCUCAUAGACUGUAUAUGAAAGUGGAUAUAGCAACUGUAGCAUCACCCUUUUUGUAGUUUGCCUUGAAUUUUGCAUUUUGGCCGUCAAGAGAGGUGCUAAUCCUUCAAAUCCAAAAGCUUGGAGUAUCAUUUAUACAUUUUAGGACUGGGCGAUUUGGCAAAAAAAAGAAAUUAUCACAAUAUAUUUUGUAAUAUCGUCUGAUCUCGAUUAUUAUCACAAUUUUUUUUUUUUUUAAACUGCCAGUUUUGAAGCACCUGUACUAAAAACCAGAGAUGGGAAUUGUGGAGUCACCAAGUCAUCUCCGUGCCAUGUAUUUGUUCUGCUCUGUCACUGAACCAGCUGCUUCCAAUGAGCAGCCAGGAAGGUGAGCUCAUUAGUGAAGGUACCUGGUUCAGUAACUGAGCAGAACAAAUACAUGGCACGGAGAUGACUUGGUGACUCCACAAUUCCCAUCUCUGCUAAAAACUAAAGAAACUAGAGAUUAGUUCAACAUUUUAUUAACAUACAAAGUAAAUAACAAAGCAAAUUGAGUAAGAUAAACUUAAAAAUAUAUGAAAAGCAUUUUAACUCAACAGUAAAACAAAUGUAGAUAAAUACUAAAUAAUACAGUGAACUAGUUUACCGUCCAGAGUGUUUUUGCAGGUAUGCAAGACCCAAAAUAAACAAAUCGCCUCCUCAGAGAUGAUGAAGACGCCUUAAAAUGUAAACAUUAGAUGAUGUAAACGUAGACGAUAAUCACUCGGGAAGUACUUCAUUAAAUGAUUAAACAGAUCUGUUGUGUUGCCGGUUUCUAAGUGCACCGACCGCCAACAUACCUCGCACAUCGGCGUAAUUCCUCGACUUCUUUUUGGAGACAGCCAAACCGCCGCCACACACAACCGACGUUGAAAAUUUUGUCUUCUCAACUAUGGCAUCUUUGGAGGAUGACUCAAUCUAUUUUGCUGCCCUUAGCUCCACGUUUAGCUCCAUGUUCGGUCAUUCUUUUUACUUCCCCUGUUUACAGAAGUGGAGCAGGAAAAGCUCGACUCUGAUUGGCUGUUGUGACGCACAUUUCAAGGCUGAUCACCAUGAUUGAACUUAAAUUUAUCAUGAUCAUUGAUCACGACCAUAUAAUCGCCCAGUCCUAGUACAUAUACGACACUAAGCUAUGUCAUAUAAACAUAAGGUACUUUUGCUCUAAAAGAAUAAGCGCUCGAAAUAAAGGACAAACCAUCUCAUUCUGCUCUCAACUGUUAAAUGUUCCCCAACACCAGAGCAUGAAGAUAAACGGCAAGAGUCAGGAUAACGCCAAGUGGAUAAAGACCCUCUCACCUCUCGAUACACCCCAACUCUAAAAUAGAAAAGGAAAGUGAAAAAAAAAGAUGCAGAGAUGUGUAAGAAAGAAGAUAGAAGAAGCUUGUUCGGGCCUCUAGACUUUAUGGUUUACCCCCCGUGUUCCUCUCAGAGUUAAAGCACUCCAGCGUAGUCUUCAUGACUUCCACCUGAAGCUACAUCCACUUCUUAUACACGGUCUAUGAUCCUCUCCGAUCACUCCAUCUUUCUCUCUGAAUGACAGCGAUCUAACCACACUGUGCCUUAAUCCUGCGUCAGUCUGUGCAUCUUGUGCCAAUGAAAGACAGAUGUGCCAUCAUGAGAUGUAUCUUUACUAAUCACGGUCUGGGGGUUUACAGUGCUAAUUUGUCAAUUAAUGAGGAUUUUUUUUUUAUCAAAUGCAUGACAGGAUAUCUUAAAUUCUGGGCAUCAGAUUUUCUAUGCGUUCAAUUUUAUGCAUUUUUCCAUAUUCUGGCAAAUACAAAACUGGCAAAAACGACCUUAUUACUCAUUCAAAAGCAUAGAAAAUCUGCAUCAUGCCUCCGUCUUUACAGUACUAAUGUCUAACCAUGUCUCUCAAAUUUUUCAGAAAAUGAUUUCUCUGUGUUUGUGUUUCUGAUUCCAGGAUUUCAGCUUGUUUGGCUAUCUGCUGAUUAUUCCUCCCCCUCCUCCCUGUGCAUAACUAUGUCCACUGAAUUGCAAUUACUUUACUUCUUGUCCGCCUCUUGCUUUGUUUGAUAUUACAGGCCCUCUGCUGUCUGCGAUGCCUCUCGGCCUCAUUUGUAUUCUCAGGGUUGCUCUGAGGGUGGUUGUAGACUGCAACAGACAACUUUCGGGGGUUUUUAUUCUGAAAAUUGGCAACACUCCUGGUAGCAGGCACCAGCUAAAAUCAAUUAAGAUGUUUUUGAAAUAGAAUAUUGCUCUCACAGCAGUACAGAGUAGUUCCAUUUGAGACAUAAAAUACUGUAUGUCGGCCCUCAAUAGUUGUCUUCAAUGAUAUAUAGCCACCCUUAGGAAUAAAUCAAACCAAUAUUCAUCUACAUAAUUAUUUUCACUGUGAAAAAAUUAUCUUUGAUUGUGAUUUUCUUCAAUUUCCUUUGAAGGAAAACUCUCAUCCAUCAUUCCCAGCUCAUAAAAUAGGAAUAUUUGUUUCUGUUACAGCCAAGAUGUCGCGGAAAAUUAGCUUGUCUGGGGACCAUGGUAAGCCACAUCCACUCAACUUCAGCUACUAACAACCUUCAUGUUCUCCUACAGGUUCAUUUAUUUUUGCCUUUUUAAACAUCUGCUGCUGAAAUAAGUCUGAGAACGUGCUGCUAACUGUGCCAGGCUGCUGUUUUAGGAUGUUUUUUCUGUGAGUCCGGACAAAUACUUUGUCUCUGUUUGCAAUGCGAGCAGAGCAGAAGCCCCGGCACUGGCGCUCUCUCACAUAUAAGAAGCCCGUGUUUAGUGUGAACGAAGACAAAGAGGAGACGGCGAUGAGCCAGAAGGGGGGCGUCUGUAGAACUUUGUCAGUCCCCGUCUCCAGUGAGUGGACCAGCUGACUUGGUCUGAAGUGGGAUAACUUGGUACUAACCCCCACUACUGCUGGGGCUUUUAUUCUGAAAGGGGCUGACGUAUGACACUAAUCCUCUCACAGUGAUUGUUUGAUUCUUUUAGAGGAAGCUUGGCUGACUCGACUGCAAAGAGUGUGAAAAGAAAAAAAAAUCCUGCUUUUCUUGUUUGCAGUUUUUUUUUCCUUGUGAAGCCCACACAUGACGGGCGGUGUUUGAGUUUCCCUCUGUGUCUGUGUUUCUGUUGGGAUCCGUCAUUAGCUCGUUUUGAAGAGGGUAAAAGCUUGUGCUUCAGCUGCCUUCAGCCUCGUAAUGAGCCAUGAAUAAUUCUUGCUCCUUAAAUACCAGUUCUUCCUUGGGAGUCCCUGUAGUACUACAUGCAUUUCUUCAGCCCUUUUUCACAUUGAGAAUCUUGUUGUUGUCGGAUUCAAUUGCAAAGAAAAAAGGACAUUGUAGAAACAAUAGAGGAGAAAAAUCGUUUUUGGCUGUAAACUGUGCAAGAGCAUCUCAAUGUUAAAAAGCUUCGAGUUGACGAGUGCUAAAAAAACAAGAAUGCUACACUAAACUCAUGUCAAAACAGCUUCAACAUGUUUACCUUUUUGGACCUGUUAGAUUUCAUGCUGUUCUCGUCUCUCCUUCUCCUAUUCGUGCAGAUUUUCCUCUUUCAACUUCCUCUUGAUAGAAAACAAAUCAUUUCCUUUUACUGUUUUUUUUUUAUUUUUGUGUGUGUGUGUGUGUGUCUUCUGCCGCCGCCCAGACACCAAGGACAACUCAUUCACCCGCUCUCGGAGUUCAAGCGUAACCAGCAUAGACAGAGAAUCUCGAGAGGCCAUCUCUGCCUUUCACUUCAGCGAGAGUUUCCCCAGGAAGAACGACAGCCUGGUCGGCCCCUGCGUGCUGGUGGGGACCACUCAGGGCUCAGUGAUGAUGGUGGCCCUCAGCCUGCCGCCUGGGGGGGACCAGAGGCUGCUGCAACCCGUAGGCAUCUCCUCCUGUGGUAAGAAGCUGAGCGGGACUCGAUUUUAUUCAUCAGGUUUCAGUUUCAUGAGAUUGACGGUCAUUAUAGGUCCCCGGUCUGUCAAUUUGAACUAGAUUGACACAUGGGAAAGCAGAAUGGCUUAUGUCCAUAAGUUCGUCCGCAUGUAAAAUCUGGGUAGCAAAGGGUAAAAUCAUUUUCUUUUACUCUUGCAAGUAAAAAUUCUGGAUCUUUAUAUGAUUUUGUUUCACCAUAACUUGUGUGAAGUGCUUGAAUCCAACUUUUACAUUUUGGGAACAAGCAGGUCUUCUUAUCUGGGAAUAAUCCCGGCAGAUAUGACAGAAACAAACGGUUAAGACUCUGGUUUAGGUUAUGCAUUUUUCAUGGCGGUUAUUUUACAGUUGUUCCAAAUGAAGAUAUUUAUCCUUGUUCUCUUCUCGCUUCUUCGAAAAGUAGGAAAUGUUGCACUUUAGAAAAAAAUUAUAGAUCCCCGGUCUGUCAAUUUGAGCUAGAUUGACACAUGCGAAAGCAGAAUGGAUUAUGUCUAUGAGUUCCUCGGCAUGUAAAAUCUGGGUAGCAAAGGGUUAAAGCAUUUUCUUUUACUCUUGAAAGUAAAAAUUCUGGAUCUUUAUAUGAUUUUGUUUCACCAUAACUUGUGUGAAGUGCUUGAAUCCAACUUUUACAUUUUGGGAACAAGCAGGUCUUCUUAUCUGGGAAUUACCUCGGCAGAUAUGACCGAAAGAAACGGUUAAGACUGGGGUUUAGGUUAUGCAUUUUUCAUGGCGGUUAUUUUACAGUUGUUUCAAAUGAAGAUAUCUAUUUUUGUUCUCUUCUCACUUCUCCUAAAAGUAAGAAAUGUAACACCUUAGAAAAAAAAAGCUUGACAUUUGCUAACUCACACGCUGGCUCUUGUCCAGGAUUAAAAAGAAAAACCUCUGCUCCUUCUUCUUCUCCUUCAGGCACCAUGGCCAGCCUCAAAGGCGGCAUUCUCACCAUGGCCCUGCUGGAUGCCACUGGAGCUCUGCUGCCCCCUUCCUACGAGCCGUGGUAUGACGCCAAUGCAUCAGACGAGGAGAAGGAGAAGAGCCGGAGACGCAGGCCGGCCUCACCUCCCUCGUCACAGGAGGGUCAGGAUUCUCAGUUCGCAGUGCUGUGUUCGGAGAAGCAGGCCAAAGUGCUGGCUAUGCCGUCUCAGACCCGCAUCUACAAACACAACAUCACGGAGACCUCCUUCGUGCUGAGGGCAGAUGUGGUACAGAUGGCGGGAGCUUACUGCAUCGCUUGUUUCUGUGCUAACGGACACAUCAUGACCUUAAGGUAGGGGUUAUUGUUGCUUCAGCUGCUGCCUGCAUUCAGAGCAGACAUUAUGUUCUGCAAUAAUAACGCGAUCUCUCUGUAUCUCAACAGUUUGCCCAGUUUAAGGCCUCUGCUGGACGUGAACUACCUGCCGCUGACAGAUAUGAGGAUAGCUAGAACGUUCGGCUUCUCCAACCUGGGUCAGGCCCUGUACCUCACCUCUCCCACAGAGAUCCAGAGGAUCACCUACAGCCAGGAGACUUGUGAUAACCUGCAGGUUAGAUACUCCAAAUUAAGUGAGUGAGAUUAAUUCAGAGACCUGUGAUAACCUGCGGAUCAGACACCCUCAGUCCCUGAAUGAGGUUCAUUACUAAAUCCAAUAACUGUGGAGAAGGGUUUCCACGCUGAGGUUAAGAAUCAGUGUUUGGACUUUUUCUCCUUUUUCACUUCUGGGCUUUUGUUGUUGAGAGGGAUUAAAUAUGAACAAGAGUCGUCUACCUUAAGGAGCAAACGGUUCCACCUCUGAGCUAAACCCAGCUAAACCAUUUCGUUAGUUAAAGACAGGAAAUUGUCCUGGAAAAUCGUUUAAAAUUAGGUUGUGUUGAUGUUUGUGUCGUCUUCAGGAGAUGCUCAGUGAGUUGUUUACUCCUGUGGAGACACCAGAGGCUCCCAACAGAGGUUUCUUCAAAGGACUUUUCGGGGGCGGAGCUCAGUCUCUGGACAGGGAGGACCUAUGUGAGUGCAGAAGAGCUUUGUAUCACAUCCUGACCGUUUUUACAUACUUGUAAUUGUAAAAUGAAAGUUGAGAUCUUGUCUCAUGUUACUGGGAUUACUCUUUUCAUCUUUGGUUAGUCGGGGAAACAGCUGCCGGUAAGGCCUCUCGCAGCCUGGCGCAGCACAUCCCGGGCCCUGGCAGCAUGGAGGGCAUGAAGGGUGCGGCGUCUGGAGUUGUAGGGGACCUGGCCCGCGCUCGGAUAGCCCUGGACGAGAGAGGGCAGAAGCUGGGCGAGCUGGAGGAGAGAACGGCAGCCAUGAUGGCCAGCGCUGAGUCUUUCUCCAAACACGCUCAUGAUGUACGCGCUGGUGAAAUCAAUGAGCGCUUUAAAACAACAUUCCCACGUUGACUCUUUAGUUCCUGACUGUUUUUUUUCCCUCUUUUCUCUGCUUUAGAUGAUGCUGAAGUACAAAGAUAAGAAGUGGUACCAGCUCUGAUGGCAGCGUGGAGAGCAGCGGACUCUGUAAUCACGCACACCAGUAUCUCUGAGGAGCUGCAGGUCCCAAUUCUUCUCUUCUCUAUUUCUCUCCACGGGGGGGUUCUGCUCGACAGACUCAUGCUUUUAUUCUCAGCACAAUAUCACACACUCUGGCGUCACCUCUGUCACCUGAGGGCUGCCGCAGAGUACACACCGGCCGAACCAACAGAAUGAGAAUGGAAAGAAAUGGAAGAAGAGAGGCCCCCUCUGAAUCUCUCUUUUCCAUUUCACCCGAGAGCGAUGGAGUCAGUGUAACAUCAGAAUGCAAAACAGAAGAGAGGGGACCUUUCAUAUCUGACCGCCAUGCACUCAUAUAUAUCUGACAUAUAUAUCCACACAUCCUGCUGUUUUGUUCUGAAAGAGAAAAGACAAUUCUGCAAAUCCUGUACUUGUGGUGGCCUGAUUGCGAUUGAUCUCUUUUCCUUUCUCUGCCCUUUACGGUGUCUGCCAAACACAAGAGGACUAAAACGAGGAAAAAAAGUCUGAUGAUCCGUCGUCCUUCUUAAAUCGAAUCACUUCAGCAUAGAUGUAAACUUCUAUCAGAAUGAUUGAAUCAACGAAGGACUCGUGUGCGUUUAUUUAUCCAGUCUGAAUUAUUUUUCAUGUUUGAUCUUCUGAGUUUUCUUCCGUUUGUUUUUGUGUCGUUUUCGUCCAGAAAGGGCCUUUCAAGCACUUCGAGCAGUAGCAAGUAGACAGAGUGAUGAUAAAUCUCUUCCCUCUCACCGAAUAAGGGCUGGUAGUACACUAGUUCAUCAGCGACUAUUCCUUUUACAGCAUUCGCCAACCAAGUUGUUUCAGGUGAGAGAGAAACAAAUAGAGUUUUCUGAGAGUCCCUUUGGCUUUCUUUUAAAUUAGAUUAUUUAUUGGGGCAGUGUAAUUUAUAAAAGUUAAAGAAUUUGUACUUUGGGCAUUACGUAUAUUUGUUUGUUGAUUAGGUGCACAAAAAAGUGCUGCAAAUGUUUACCCCUAAUGAAGAGUUUACAUGAAUCUAUCAUAGAAAUGAAGAGCUGAUACACUGGAAAAAAGCCCUGCAGGUCUUCGAGCUUUCACAGGGCUGUAGCUAAGUAUGAGAAGGAUGACGUGUUGAAGGGCAAGACAAAGAUUGUCCUCGAUAUGUUUAGCAUAAAUGUAUAUUUUGGUUACCAUUUUUUAGUUUUUGUGAUAAAGAUUCUAUCUCUACAUGAUGAUCAGAUUUCUGUUUUUGCUAUCCCGUCAUAGCUGAGGUUGAUUUUCGUCUCGUUUUUCAAUGUGUAGGGAAAAAAGCAUGUGUCUCUUACAGCACAACGGUAAAGGUAUGCUGUCUUUGUAUUCGUAGCUGCCAGUAGAAAUGACCAAGCACCCCUGAGUGUUUCACACACACACACACACUGUGCCAUUGGUCAUCUCUCUCUGAAUCAUUCACGUAAAAAAAAAAACUGUUUCUCUUCUGCCUUUGCCUCAUGAUGCAUAUAUGCUAACCUCUACCUAUGUGUAUGUCUGUGUGUUUGUGAACAUACAUAUAUUCUGGAAUAUGUGUAUGGGCACCAAUAUUUAUAAUACUACAUAGAUGCAGUGUAUUACAAUAGGUCUUUUGAGGUUUUUGUUUUUGCUUGACAGUGUUUUUCAAUGUGAUUAACUCGACUUCUAUUGUAAUUGGAUUUCUUUUUCAUGAGGUGCAAGGAUAUGCUGCUAUUUGUGUCAAUGUAGGAGCAUUAUCUAUCGGUCUUUUAAUUUCGAAAGAGAGACAAGACUUUGUCGGUCCAGAUUGCUGCCAAAUGUUGUAAAUAACACGACAGCUGGACACAAAUCUGACAGUGCAGGUUCAGGCAACGUGACAUACUGUACGCUCGCGGCCAUGUUCUUUUCUGACACCAAAGAGUUGCUUGAUUUCACAGAGUUGUCUUGAUUUUUUUUUCUUUUCCCUAAUGGUUUCGAGUCAGUCUGGAUUUUUUUUUUCCCCCCUUCUAAGUGGAAAAGUCUGCUGUGUGUGUGAGAGGGAGGAAGUCGAAUGGAUUUGGCUUCUUUCUAUGGGCAUGCCACCCUCAUCACCCAAACUGCUGUGUUCAGAGGACAGGCAAGGUGAAACUGAAGAGUUUCAUUCCAAAAUGAGAUAUCCACCAAAGAAAAUCAUAUCAAACUCACUCCUGGAAAACGGUUGCAGGCAUGAACAAAAACUCUUUGACACAUUUGAUCCAUUUACUUAGAUUUAGAGUAUUAACUCAUGUAUUCUUCAAAAAAUAAAAAAUAAAAGUUUGAUCCAAGAUAGAUGGGCAGCAUUUUGGAAUAAAACCCUUCACUUCUAACCGGCUGAUUUGUUCUUCUCUGAGGUGAACUACUGAGAAAAACCCCAUUUAAAGGAGCAGUGAUGUGUGUGUUUUGCACUAUUUUUUGUAUUUAGAGUGAUUUUGUUCGUAUGAUUUUUAAUGUGUUGUCCCAUUUUCUUGUUUUUGAAAGGACCAAAACAUGACAGAACCUAUGCUUAUCUGUGUCAUUUGCCAAUUAUGCUGAUUGCUUCACUCUCAGAUUUGUUUUCAUCGUCAGGUUAAUGAUUCUAUGAUAUAUUUAUAUAUUUGAAAACAAAUAUAUAUAUACUUUUGAUUUCAAUAAUCUAUUAAAGAUACCUUUAAUGUACUUUUGGGAUAGAAUCACUGUCCAAACAAUGGUUGUGCAUAAUGAUCCAUCAUCCAGACAUGACAAUAAACAUUUUCUGGUUCUAUAUUGAACAUGCUCAUCUCAGAUUCAAGCUUUGCUACUGCAAGAGGGUCUUCUCCUCUUGGGGGGGGCCGCUGAGUCUUUCUACAAAGUGUGGCCUCGACUUUAAAGUGCUUCAGUUUGCAACAUAUAUGUCCUAAAUGGUCCCUUAUUGCACAUUGAAGGAUGCAUGAUAUUAAGUGUUUACAAACUUGAAACAACCAUGUAUUAUCCCUCUUAGAGAUUGUCUGUUCUGGCAUUUGUAUUUACCACCAUGUUGAACAAAAACUAAUGUUCUUGUCACACAUCCGAAGCGUGUCCCACUUUUGUUUGAUCAUGCCAGUUGUACAAGUGUGAGAGAAUAUGUUGAUUUCAUUGGUGCAUCUGUUUCUGUUACUGUUUGCUUCAUGAAAACGUCUUGCUUUCUCUGUGCUGUAGAAAUGCAUAGAAAGCAAAGUUCGGUUCAGAGCAGCGUGCAGGAGAGCUGGAGGGUUUCUCAGUCGCCAUACUUCCAUCCAUCCGUCCGUCUGUCUUCUGGGAUGAAUAUCUGUGGAGUUGCAGUAUUUUCUCAUUGUAGGCAAUUUUUGUACAGUUUUAUUAAAAUAAAUUUCACAUGGAUGUCUGACUUAAUCUGCUGCCACAAACAAUUUAGACUGUAGAUACAGUAUAUAUAUAUAUUAUUGUGCAAUGGAAAAUAAAUGUAAAACCAAUCAUUACUCAUUUUGUCCUGUU